AUGAAGCUUAAAAUGCCUGAGGCUGUGAUAUUGUUGGUGGUUGCACAUUUAAGCAUUCCAGUUCAAACAAUAAGAAGAAAUGAUUUGUAUUUAAGCAGGAUUUGUUCUCUAAGUGAACACACAGAAACUGCUGCUUGUGUUAUGAAAAAUACUGGCUUAUUAUGUAGGUACGGGUUGACAAGCGAAUGGGUUGAAGAAGUAAAAUAUGAAAUAAAGUUUUUGAAAAUUUUGGACUGGCCGAGCGCAUGUUUCAACGUGGCACGCCUUCAGCAUAUAUUUCCAGAACUACGCGCUCUGGAAUUCAUCAACUGCACAGUAUUAACAAUGUUCAACGGCCGAUUUAAACAGUCCAGUAAGAUCGAAAGAAUAGGAUUCCACGGAUUAACUUCACUGUGGGAAGUACCAGCUGAGCUCGUGUUAUAUAUGCCUGAAUUACGUGAAUUGGAUUUACGGGGUAAUGGACUGCGGCAUAUAAGAGCUCGCUUAAUAAAAGGGCCUCCGCAUUUAGAACGCGUGUAUCUAAGCAAUAACAAAUGGGACUGUAGCGAUGGUGGAUUAGACUGGUUGGCGAUGGAGAGAGAGAAUAGCACGGUCAAACAGCGAAUAGUCGAUUAUUAUCAGCUAAUAUGUAAUCAAAAACUUUACAAAGGGAAACCACUAUAUAAAGUUAUGGAUAUAAUAAAGAUGGUGCGCCAGACUUGCCCAAAGCCGUGCGCUUGUGCAAUGACCCACGUUGUGUCAGACCGCGCAGGCGCCGUUAUCCCUAUGAUAACAGUAGACUGCUCCAACAAGCAUUUGGAGCAGCCACCAGCGACACUGCCUCCAGGUACCACAACUUUAAGACUGGAAAACAAUAAGAUAACCACAAUACGAAUGAUAAUGCAAAAUCCCCAAUAUCAGAAACUAGCAGAUCUUUAUUUGGACAAUAACAGCAUCUCAGCCGUUAAAGAACUAGAAGGUUCAGAAUGGUUCGGUACCUUUCGUGUCUUAAGUUUGCGUGGAAACAUGUUGAAACAGAUCCCAGUUUACGUGUUCGAUAAAGCAAUCCAAGUAAAUAAUAACAUAAUGCACGUGCUAUUAGGUCAUAACCCAUUUCGAUGUGACUGCCACUUUAUUCCCAGGUUUCAAGCUUUGCUACACAAAUAUAAAAGGGUGAUACGUGAUCAACUGGAUAUAAGAUGUCAAAAAUCUGACGAUAAAUCUAUUUCAUAUGCCCAGAUCAGCACGAUAUCACUAGGAAAUGUGUGCAGUAGAGAACAAACUGAAAUGCCAAUAAGCUAUGUCAACAUAAUAAAUAUAAUUCUUUUAGUUCUCAUAUUAUUGAUUAUUGGGCGAUUUCUAUACGAUUGGCACGUGUUUAAAACGACCGGAAAACUGCCUUGGAUAUCUUCAAUCUUACCC